CGCUCAUUGUAGUUGCAGCACAGAGACACACAGAGCAAAGAAAGGAGUGUGGGUUCGUCUUCUCUUAUCUCAGAAGCCAAAAUAAUGAAAAAGCAAACUCCUUGAGAGGGUGAAGAUUCAGGAACAAGAUUCUAAAGAAAAGAGUCCCCUGUUUGCUUCUUGUUGCUUCUCUUCAAAGCCACUCUCUUUCUACAAUCUUUUGAUGCUGAUAGUUUCGCCAUUAAAGCUUUCACGCCAUUUCCCACGAGAAAUCGGUAGACUUCACUCACGGAAAAAGCACUCUUCUCUUCUCAAAAGCUCACUUUCUUCUCCUCUAUAUAACCCUUUGCUUCACUCAACUUCUCGCUACAAGAAAAUGGCAGAGCACAAGCUUAAAGCUGCAGUUUCCUUCAUUUUCUUGGUUUUCUCUCUUCUUCAAUGUAAAUUGUUUGUGCAUGCAAUUUUGGACCCUAUUGAUUUCUUGGCUCUGCAAUCCAUUAGAAAGGCAUUAGAUGACUUGCCAGGCUCCAACUUCUUCGCUUCCUGGGACUUCACUUCUGAUCCUUGUAACUUCGCCGGUGUUUACUGUGAGGAUGACAAAGUGAUCUCUCUUAAUCUCGGUGAUCCAAGAGCUGGUUCUCCAGGUCUCACCGGCCGCCUGGACCCUGCUAUUGGUAAGCUCUCUGAUUUGGCUGAGUUCUCUGUUGUACCGGGCCGGAUCAUUGGUUCACUGCCACAAUCUCUCUCCCAGUUGAAAGACUUGCGCUUUCUCGCCGUCAGCAGAAACUUCCUCUCCGGUGGGAUUCCGGCCGCUCUAGGCCAGCUGCGCAAUCUCAGAACCCUUGAUCUCAGCUACAAUCAGCUCACAGGAGAGAUUCCUCGCUCUAUCGGUACCAUACCGGAACUGUCUAAUGUCAUUCUGUGCCACAACCGCCUCUCUGGAUCGGUCCCUCCAUUUGUCUCACAGUCACUGACUCGGCUCGAUUUGAAACACAACGCUCUCUCCGGUUCGCUUGCACCAUCUUCUCUGCCUCCCUCACUUCAAGACCUCUCUCUGUCAUGGAAUCGGCUCAGUGGACCCGUGGACCGGUUACUGAACCGGCUAGACCAGCUAAACUACCUGGACCUAAGCAUGAACCUGUUUAGUGGCGGCAUUCCGGACCGGGUCUUCACAUACCCAAUAACCAACCUUCAAUUGCAGAGAAAUCUAUUCACCGGUCCAGUGCAACCGCCCAAUCAGGUGACAAUAGGGACCGUUGAUCUUAGCUACAACAGAUUGUCGGGUCAAAUAUCCCCCCUGUUCUCUACCGUACAAAAUCUUUACCUGAACAAUAACCGGUUUGCGGGUCAAGUCCCUGGAAGCUUCGUAGACCGUUUAUUGGCCGCGAGUAUACAGAUAUUGUACUUGCAGCACAAUUAUCUAACCGGGAUUGAGAUUAAUCCGGCGGCUGAGAUUCCAUUGAGCAGCUCAUUAUGUUUGCAGUAUAAUUGUAUGGUCCCGCCCGUACAGACGCCGUGCCCUUUGAAGGCCGGGAAGCAGAAGACUAGACCAACAGAACAGUGCAACGAGUGGAAAGGGUAAAGUUGGAAUUUCACAGGCUUUAAAUGAGGGCAAAAAUGGGAGUACGUUCAUUUUUUUUUUUGGGGGGGUUUUGAGUUGUUUUCCUUAUUCAUUGAUUUAAUAUAUAUUUUUUUAAUGCAAUCUUAAUCAAGGUGAAUGAUAAACAAGGAAUAUUUGUGGAUAAUGUGAUGAGAAAUUGUAUUUAUUUGUGGGAUUCAAUUGAGAAUUCAAUGUUGCUAUUAA